GGUUGUCAUUUCCAGCUUCCACUUGCUGGCUUGCAGUGAAAUUUUCUAUCUGCAGUUUCUCUGAUCCUGUUUCUUUUUCCGGGUGCAGAACAGCAACCUGGACUGUUGUAUCGUGAAUUUCGGCUAUGCAGCUUUGAUUUCCCUGUUUUUUAAUAACCCACCACCAUGACCAACCCCGUCCUGCAGAAGGACGGCGAACUGCCCCCGCGGAUCAAAGCCGAUGCCAUCCAGCAUUUUGGCAGCAUCAGCGACGGCCAAGUGCAUCGUCUCGUCUGCACAGAACACACUGCUGUCGCCAAAACGGAGAACGGUGGAAGCGAAAACGGUACCCACAACGGCCAUGUACAGGACGCGCAUACAGGCUCGUUGAAGAUCAUGCAGGAGCUGGCAGAAAAGUUGCAGGCACCGUUGAUUACCGUGGGCGAGCAUCUGACGGAGAAGGAAGACGGGGAACCCGCAAUGACGUACGACGUGAAGAAUGCCGUGUAUCAUCUGCGCAUUGCGGAUCUGGAGCAGUGUGCCAAUAAGGAAUGCGCGGAUACGCUGAAUCUGGCAGCCGCCCAGACCGCCGUGAAGGUGCUGCACUCAGGUGUGCGCGCCCUCCUGCUCUCCUACGACGGCAUCCGUUUCCCGCCGAAUCCCGAUGCCUUCACCGCGGCGCCCUUCGCCUUCAUGCUGAACGGGAUCCUGCAGAAUAAUUUCCGUCUGCAGUACCGGGACGAGCACUCGGCGGCCAAACGCGAGGCAGCCCGCGUCAAAGCCCUGCGCGAGCAGAACCGGGUGGUGGCGCGCGGUCGCGGUCGGACGGUGCAGCCGGAAGCGACAAACCAGCCGAUUCCCGUUGAUCCAUUUCAUCCGCUGAGUCCGCAGCAGGUCUGGGUGAAGGUGUCAGUUCACGAAGACAGUCACGAAUUCGAUGGGAUGAAGUUGUCGACAGAAGAAACUCACGAAAAAGCAUGGAAAUGGUGGUCGCAGUUGCGCUCCUACAUCCGCAUCAACCCUAAAUUCUGUCUGGCCCUGGAACUCGGCUCGGAUAUCCCCUCUGGUAAAGAUCGUGAGCGCUGGCUGGCCGAGCGUCUCCGCUGCAUCAUCAUCCCCACUUCCGUGUGGAAACGGAACAAAAUGGAUCUCCCGGUGCUACCCGCGCCCCUCAAACAGUUCCUCAUAAAGACCUUCCAUCUCCCGUCCCUCACCUACCUCGUCCCCGCAGCUGGCCACGGAGAUGGAACGGCGCUUCUGUUCCUGUUGCACUGCUACCGCCAGUAUUAUCGCACGGUGGAUGACCCGAAUCGCCGGGAUUUGGUGCGGCAUAUGGGGGAUGUGCCGAUCCGGCCGCUGCAGCCGUUGCGCGACCAUCUGACGGCGGAGAUCUAUACGGUGUUCGAGACGGAUCCGGUCAAGUAUAAGCUGUAUGGGAGAGCGUGUGAGAAGGCGUUGGGGGAUCUGAAGAAACGUGGAUACGGUGGGGAUGCGACGACGAAGGUGGUGGCGAUGGUGUUGGGCGCCGGACGUGGACCGCUGGUAACGGAGUUUAUCCGCGCCGCUGAUGCACUGAACAUUCAUUAUAAGGUUUACGCUUUGGAUAAGAAUCCCAUCGCCAUUUGCGCGAUGCUGGCGAAAUUUCAAACAGACUGGGCCAACCACGGUGACCGCAUCCAGGUGAUCGCGUCGGACAUGCGGGAGUUCCAGCCGAGCGAGAAAGCGGAUAUCAUCAUCAGCGAACUGUUGGGCUCUUUCGGCUGUAAUGAGUUAUCGCCGGAGUGUUUGGAUGGGGCGCAGCACCUGUGGAAGCCCGACGGAAUUUCCAUUCCCUCUUCGUACAGCAGCUUCCUGCAGCCGAUCAUGGCCCAUGCCCUGUACGAGGAUGUGGCGACGUUUGGCCCCAAGAAGCAGCACCUGUUGAAUGACGUGGUCCUGACGGAGCUGCGGGGAUUUGUUCCCAUUGCGGCAUGCCAGAAAGUGUUCACCUUCGAGCAUCCGAAUUUCGCUCCACAUUCCAACGAGCGCGAGGCCACGCUGACGUUCACAGCGGACCAGGCCUACACCCUCUCGGGCUUCGCGGGCUACUUCGAUCUGACGCUGUACAAGGACGUCUCCAUGAACAUCCAUCCGGAGCUGCACACCACCGGCCUGACCAGUUGGUUCCCGGCAUUCUUCCCGCUGAUUCAACCGGUGGAGGUGGCGCGCGGCGACACCAUCCGCGUGACGAUGGCGCGACGGGUGCGCCUGAGCGAGCGGCGCGUGUACUAUGUGUGGCAGUUGCAGGAGCCGGUGAUGCUGCCGGUGCAGAAUGCGCGUCCCGAUCACUGGAUGUCGUUGUAAGAGGAAUAGUUUAUAGUUUAAUGCGGUCUUUGACUAACGAGGGAAUAAUUGGUCGGAUUUUUGUUAAAGUUGUGUUGUUUAACUUGAUUUCGGAGUGUGAUAGGAGAUACUAUCAGACGGAUAAUUUACGGGCUUGUGUACUGUUGCUGCUCUUUCGCACUCUUGUUGUUUGGUGUUGAAAAUCAGGGAUCUAUGGGCUUCUGUACAUGGUACCUCUCUUCUCAGGUUUUCGUAGUUCUUUCUUAGUUUAGAAAAUUACUGGUCUUCUGUUGGUGUUGUUGAUUUUUUGUUAAUUAUCUUCGGAAUCAGUAUUGUUCAGGCACAUUGUGGCUUCUGAGUAGUACUGGCGUUGUUUUUCGGGCGGGUGAUGAACCAUUGAUGCAGGACGGUGGCGAUAGUUUGGUAAAUACUUGGAAACUGGAAUAGAUUAAAACUGGAAUAAAAAAAUUGCGAUGA